AUGUGUGACGAUCUAUCUAUUCCAUGCCUUGUACGCGAGCAGUCAUUCUAUUCCGCAAUGUUGAACAUUUGGGAACCAGUUCCGCACACGAAAUCAGCUCCUACGAUUCCGGAAUUAACCCGAAGCAAUUCCGGAAUCGAUACACACAAUUCCGCGGAAUUCCUACCAAUUCCAGAAUUACACCCACACCCACACCCUCACAUAUCAUCUCCCCUAUACACGACCGAAUUUCGUUUACGGAAUUCCGGAAUCGUAGGAAUCGAUUCCGUGUGCGGAACUGGUUCCCAAAUGUUCAACAUUGCGGAAUAG